AUGGACAUGGAUGAAAUCAACCGUACACCAUUAUAUGCUCCAGUGUUUUCCUUGCUGGAUGAUAAAGCCAAAACAGACUGUGUCCUCGGUGCCGCAAAUAAAGUGAAUGAUACUUUAGGUUUCUGCAAUUUUCGGACAAUAACCGUAAUGCGUGAAGACUUGCAGGCAUUACAGCACAAUGAUUCCCAGUUGGAAGCCAUGAAACAUGGGGACAUUUUUGAAUGUGCCCUUUGUGAUAAAACAUACAUAAAGUCUGGAUGGUUUAAGAAACAUUUAGAGAAAAGGCACAGCUGGAAAUUUCAUAGUGUUCAAAGCAAAGAUGCAGAUUUAAAUCCUGUUCAGAGUUUUCUGCUCAUAUCUUUCUUGCUCAGAGAUUCAUGCGACGCCUUCAAAAUGGGUGAUGGUGACAGGAUUGUAAGGAACGCUUAUUUGGAAUGGCUGUAUGCUUCUGCCGUAAGACACAUAAAAUAUAGACUCUGGCUUUGGCGAAUGAUUUCUUAUGCUAUUGCUAUCCUCGAUACCAAAGACAGCUUUGAGUAUAAGUGGAACAUGACUGUAAACUUACCAGGUGAAAUUCAAAAUAAUAUUCCGAAUGAUAAUUGUGUAGAAAUACAAGUACAUAACAUCAAAAGGCAACUAAACACACAAGGUGCAAACAAAUCUUUCAAAUCCGCGAAACAAAUUUGUAUGACAACGCAAGUUAUAGAUGGAAUAAAAGAACAGUUAAUGAAAACAACUGAAACUGUGAAACCAAGAGUUGCAAGACCAACAGCUGACAAAACAAAAGAUGUUGUUAUGAUUGUGCAAAACCUGCGACAAAAGGGACAAGUGAAAGAUUUGACAUGGGAAAGUUUCUCUAAUUUCAAAGAGCCGUUGAAUCGCAUUAGUAGUAUGGACAUACAUGACUGGAUAAACACACAAAGGAGAAUUGCAAGUUUUUACAUGUAAUAAAUGGAAUCCAAAUUUAUGUUAAGUUCUCUACAUGUAAAUUUCAUGUGGAAAAUCAAAUGCACAAGUAUCUUGGUACUGUAUAUAUACAUUCACUCGAGUAUUUUUAAGAAAUACUUUGUCUAUUCAAUCUUCUUUGAAUACCCAAGGAUGAUUUUAUCUUAAAAUUUGGAAUCUGACUAUUCAAGCGUAAUAUUUAAAAAGGUAGGGUCAACGAUCAUAUUUCCUGCUCAGCACACCAGUCGAUACAGUUGUAUGUGAAGUCACUGUCAUGCAUCAGAGUGACCUGGAAAGUCAUUUACUAAAUAUAGAUGAAAA